CACGGGCUAAUGAACCCGUACUCCUCCGUGUAUACCAAGCCCGCAGAAUAUGGCAGCGCCAACUGGCAAGAACGGAUGUUUGAACCGAUGACGUGCCGACUGCUAAUUCUGAGCACGGCGCAGCUUGCGCUCUUGGUUCUGAUGCCUUGGGCCAUCUUUGCGUCGCUCAGUUGGGGGCUGAUGUCAUUGGCAGUCUACUUGUAUCCAUGGUUGAGCCAUGUAAUGAUUAUUGGCACAGCGAUGCUGGUACUCCUCACAGUGGUGGCAGCACUACUCUCCAGAGGCCGGUGGCUGAAAAAAGGCAGCAGAGAAGACAAUCAUCCCCGUUUCAUGCGGGGCUAUGCAUGGUGGGCGGCACUCGCGGUACUGUCAUUGAUUGCUUUCAUUGCUGGUUCAGUAGUGGGUUCCAUGAUUUUCACGAAGUACAUGAAGGGCUACUAUGACAUUUCCAACCUCGACAGCUACGACAAUGUCGACCCGUCACGGGCUGCAGGGAAGCAGCUGCUUGAUGCUGGCCGUGUGAUUUUCGUGAAGGGUUCCACUUUGCAGCUGAAGCAUGCCAUGGCGCACCAGAACUCUUCCAUGAAAAUGUAUUGUGUCGCGCCCAUCAUUGCUGCCUCUGAUCAGCCGCUCCCUGCCACGUACGAUCUGUGGGCCGCGGGAACAGAUUGUUGCUCUGAUGGCGGCAGCAACUUCACGUGUGGAGCUUCACGCUCCUCAGGAGCACGAGGUGGUCUUCGGUUAUUAAGCCGGGAGGAGGACUACAAUUUUAGGCUCGCCGUGGAGGAUGCGGAGUUUAUGUAUCACCUGCGCUCCGUUCACCCGCUCUUCUUCGAGUGGACGGUCGAUCCCAUCAAAGAGAUCACAGCAAGGAAGGAUGAGGCUUUCUGGGUAUAUUUUGCGACCAACCUGAUGUUUCUUCUUUGUGCCUUCUUUCUGGUGGUCAUGGGCUAUGCCUGUUUCCAGCUGGCGACGUCACUGGCCGGUUGUGAUCUGUAUGGCAAGGAGCUGGUCGACUCGGAGGAGGUGGAGCUGAGUCAGUGGGAGGAAAGCAGCACCAGCUCGGAGCUUGUAGAGAGGAGUCGACCAGAAUCGGGCAACGAAACUCUUGGCUCGCUCAUGCAUGCACUGCAGAACGCCUCACCGGAGGAGCGACGCAAAGCUGUCGCAGACAUCUCCCAAGAACGCUUCAUGCAGCUUAUCAGCAGCAUGCCGGAGGACGAAGAAGUUGACCUACAAGGUGGGGUGAGUUUUGUCGAUGACCUGGACGGCACCUGGAUCGAUCCAGACGCUGUGGACAUGACAGAGAGCCACCCGUCCAGUCUGCGGCGUUACAGCGCUGAAGCGCCCGAUGAAUGCUCAGCGCUGUGUCUUUCCUCCAACAAGCCCAGCGAGCCCAGAAACACGAAGCCACUUGGCCAGUUGCAAGUGGACGGAGAGCUUCCAGCGCAUGAAAGCACACACGUGCUCUUGCGAUUGCCUCCAAGGAGCCGUGCACACAAUGCUGCGGCAGAGCUUUCGAGAGUUGGGAGCUUGAAAGACUCUGGAGUUGAUGGCGAGGCCAUUUCGGCGUGGCUGGGUGGUGAAACCUCCAGCACAAUGUGCUGUGCUAGGAUACUGGAAGCUACCGUGCGAGGGAUGGAUGCGGCUGGGCGGCUGGAUGAGCCGCUACUGGCCGAAGAUACACCGCCUUUCAGCGUGACGAGCAAGGUGAUCUCCACUUUGCGACUGAUGCCGAACAGAGCUCCUGCGCAUGUCCCAGAAUCCUUGCCCAACCAGAUGCCCAACCAGAUCUUUGCGAGAAUGGCAUGCGAAUGUGGUGGGCGCUUGCUGAAGGAGAUCGAUGGCCCGGAUGGUCACGCAGUCUUCGAUGCAACCUUGGAACAUGCAAUGACGCUCGGAGAUGGUUAUCACCCGGUCACUGAGUCACGGGAUUUCUGUUGA